CGCCAGGUCAGAGCGGAGCUGUUGGAUGCAUUGGGCUGCGGCGCUGGGGAAGGCAGGGGGAUUAUCCGCGCUGUACCUGCGGAAUAUUCCGCCAUUCCCACAUCACUUCUUUUUGGUGGCUGGAAUAAUCCAUUACUCAUUGGGGCCCCUUGCCCCCCCCCUCCAGGAACUUCAUCACCUUCCUCUGCUCCCUGGAGCCCACCAAUAGUUAACCCGGCUGAGGGAUAUUGGGGUGACGUAGGGAAGAAGAACCCCCCUCAAAAGAAACAUUAUCCUUGAGGUUGUCACUGUGUAACCUGAGACUGUAGUGAGUCGGGUAAAGCAGUGAUUAUGCACCCAAGUGCUCUGUGGACCGAGGACCCGGGAUGCUGAGGGACAACAUGGCUCUGCUAGUCUGGUCCAGCUUGGUGGUGGCAUCUCUGCACCUCCUUGGCACCGCUGCCUACCCCAGCCGAUCAAAAUACACUGUCAUUAAUGAGAACUGUCCGGGGGCUGAAUGGAACAUCAUGUGCCGAGACUGCUGUGAGUAUGACCAGGUGGAGUGCGCGUGUCCCGACGGGAACCAGAAAGUGGGGUACACGAUCCCCUGCUGCCGCAACGAGGAGAAUGAAUGCGACUCCUGCCUCAUUCACCCAGGAUGCUCCAUCUUUGAGAACUGCAAGUCGUGCAACAAUGGCUCAUGGGGAGGGACCCUGGACGACUUCUACAUAAAGGGGAGUUACUGCUCCGAGUGCCGUAUGGGCUGGUAUGGGGGCGACUGCAUGAGAUGCGGAGAGGUGAUCCAGGCGGCGCGGGGGGAGAUCAUGCUGGAGAGUUACCCCUUUAAUGCCCGCUGUGAGUGGAGCAUCCAGGUGGCACCGGGAUACACAGUGGAGCUCAGGUUUGGGAUGCUGAGCCUGGAGUUCGAUUACAUGUGUCAGUACGAUUAUUUGGAGGUGCGCGACGGGGACAACGUGGACGCAAAGAUCCUCAAGCGUUUCUGUGGCAACCAGCGCCCCCUCUCACUGCGCAGCACUGGGAAUUCCCUGCACCUCCUCUUCCAGUCGGACGGGUCCAAAAACUUUGAUGGCUUCUACGUCACCUUUGAAGAAGUUACAGGGUGUUCUUCAACGCCUUGUUUCCAUGACGGUACUUGCAUUGCCGACAAGACAGGAUCCUAUAGGUGUGCGUGCCUCGCUGGGUACACGGGGAGACACUGUGAAAAUGUUAUUGAAGAGAAAAGCUGCAAGGACCCCGGGGCCCCUAUGAAUGGCUACAGGAAGCUCCCCGAUGGGGCCGGUCUGAGCCUCGCUAACCAUAUAAAAGUCGGAUUCAAGAUCCACUAUUUCUGCAACAACUCCUAUGUUCUCAGCGGCAACCAGGAGAGGGCGUGCUUGCAAGGGGCUCAGUGGUCUGGGAAGCAACCCGUGUGCAUUAAAGCUUGUAAGGAACCAAAGGUUGCAGACCUGGUCCGACAGAAAGUGCUUCCAUCGCUGGUCCAAUCACGAGAAACCCCUCUCCACCAGUUAUACUCAGCUUCAUUCACUAAGGAAAAGACAGAUAUCUUGCCAACCAAGAAACCAGCCUUACCUCCUGGAGAACUGCCUCCCGGCUACCAACAUCUGCACACCCAGCUGCAGUACGACUGCGUAUCUCCCUUCUACCGGCGCACUGGGAGCAGCAGGAGAACCUGCCUGAAGACUGGGAAGUGGAGUGGAAGAGCACCAUCUUGCACCCCUAUCUGCGGGAAGCUGGAGAGCUUCAACAUAACCCAGUUAGUAGAACAGAGGUGGCCUUGGCAGGCAGCACUGUACCGCAGAUCUAAUGGGGUGAAGGAUGCCAGCCUGCGGAAGGGCAGCUGGGUAUUGGUUUGCAGUGGCGCCCUACUGAAUGAGCGCACAGUGGUGAUGGCGGCACACUGCGUAACCGACCUCGGGAAGAGCUCAAUCAUCAAGGUGUCCGACAUGAAAGUUGUACUGGGUAAAUUCUACAGAGAUGACGACCGCGAGGAAAAGAGCCAGCAGCACUUGCACAUCUCAGCAGUGAUUGUGAAUCCAAACUAUGACCCCAUCUUGCUGGAUUCCGACAUUGCGGUGAUCAAGCUGUUGGACAAGGCUCGAGUGAGUGACUAUGUGCAGCCCGUGUGUCUCACCUUAGCCACCGAGAUGAUCACAUCUCCUCAAGAAUACACCAUUGUUAUCAGCGGGUGGAAGAUCCUUUCUGACCCCAGGGCCCCCGGUUCUAAGAAUGAGACCAUCCGGGCUGGGGCCAUUGAACCAGUGGACUCUCUGCAGUGCGAGCAACAGUAUGAGGAGAAUGGCAUCUCCGUUAGCGUCACGGAAAGCAUGUUCUGUGCAAAGCAGGAACCAAGACCUUCUCCCGGUAUUUGCCCUUCAGAGACCGGUGGCAUCACCACUGUGCUGCUUCCAAGUCCAACAUCUCCAGAGGGCAGCUGGCACCUAAUAGGACUAGUAAGCUGGGGCUACGACAAGUCUUGUAGAAAGGAUCUCUACACGGGUUACACUAAGGUAGUCACCUUUAAAGAAUGGCUGGAGAAGAACAUGAAGUGAACUCGGAGUGGGGCAGAAUAUGUCCAACCUUCAAACUGACUUUAACAAAACUUUACAUUUCAUUGUAUGAUUGGUCAGUUAGAGAGACUUAUAGAACAGUAGGUUGCCUCCUUUCAUCUGAACCUCUUGGCCUUCAGAACUGUCCCUUUUGAACUUUGUGUCCUAAGCCCAUAGGCAUUACCCUCUAGAAACAUCUCCUUGGGUAAAUGACUGCAGCCCCUUCAAGAACUUAAAGAAAGUUAAAGAACUCUGCUUCUCUGUAGGUCUUUCUCCUUUGUACUCUCCACAGUCAGGUGAGGGAGCGGCUGUUUCCUUUUGGAGUACAAUGUGUAUUGGAAUAAUGGGAUACUUUAUCAUGGAUGGACUGAUCUGCUAGAGUUGGGCCCAGGUGCUUAGGUGGUCCCUCAGUGUCAGGUUCUCUGGUGGUCCCUCAAUGUCAGGUUCUCUGGUGGUCCCUCAAUGUCAGGUUCUCUGGUGGUCCCUCAAUGUCAGGUUCUCUGGUGGUCCCUCAAUGUCAGGUUCUCUGGUGGUCCCUUAGUUUCAGGUUCUCUGGUGGUCCCUCAAUGUCAGGUUCUCUGGUGGUCCCUCAAUGUCAGAUUUUCUGGUGGUCCCUCAAUGUCAGGUUCUCUGGUGGUCCCUCAAUGUCAGGUUUUCUGGUGGUCCCUUCAUGUCAGGUUCUCUGGUGGUCCCUUAAUGUCAGGUUCUCUGAUGGUCCCUCAAUGUCAGGUUCUCUGGUGGCCCGUCAAUAUCAGGUUCCCAUAUAGUCUUCAGUGUCAGGUUCUCUGAUGGUCCCUUAAUGUCAGGUUCUCUGGUGGUCCCUCAAUGUCAGGUUCUGUGGUGGUCCCUUAAUGUCAGGUUCUCUGGUGGUCCCUUAAUGUCAGUUUCUCUGGUGGCCCAUCAAUGUCAGGUUCUCAUAUGGUCCUCAGUGUCAGGUUCCCAUAUAGUCUUCAAUGCCAGGUUCUCUGGUGGUCCAUCAAUGUCAGGUUCUCAUAUGGUCCUCAGUGUCAGGUUCCCAUAUAGUCUUCAAUGUCAGGUUUUCUGGUGGUCCCUCAAUGUCAGGUUCUCUGGUGGUCCCUUAAUGUCAGUUUCUCUGGUGGCCCAUCAAUGUCAGGUUCUCAUAUGGUCCUCAGUGUCAGGUUCCCAUAUAGUCUUCAAUGCCAGGUUCUCUGGUGGUCCAUCAAUGUCAGGUUCUCAUAUGGUCCUCAGUGUCAGGUUCCCAUAUAGUCUUCAAUGUCAGGUUCUGUGGUGGUCCCUUAAUGUCAGGUUCUCUGGUGGUCCCUUAAUGUCAGUUUCUCUGGCGGCCCAUCAAUGUCAGGUUCUCAUAUGGUCCUCAGUGUCAGGUUCCCAUAUAGUCUUCAAUGCCAGGUUCUCUGGUGGUCCAUCAAUGUCAGGUUCUCAUAUGGUCCUCAGUGUCAGGUUCCCAUAUAGUCUUCAAUGUCAGGUUCUGUGGUGGUCCCUUAAUGUCAGGUUCUCUGGUGGUCCCUUAAUGUCAGUUUCUCUGGCGGCCCAUCAAUGUCAGGUUCUCAUAUGGUCCUCAGUGUCAGGUUCCCAUAUAGUCUUCAAUGCCAGGUUCUCUGGUGGUCCAUCAAUGUCAGGUUCUCAUAAGGUCCUCAGUGUCAGGUUCCCAUAUAGUCUUCAAUGUCAGGUUUUCUGGUGGUCCCUCAAUGUCAGGUUCUCUGGUGGCCCAUCAAUGUCAGGUUCCCAUAUAGUCUUCAGUAUCAGGUUCUCUGGUGGUCCAUCAAUGUCAGGUUCUCAUAUGGUCCUCAGUGUCAGGUUCCCAGAUAGUCUUCAAUGUCAGGUUCUCUGGUGGUCCCUCAAUGUCAGGUUCUCUGGUGAGCCAGUGGAGGCCUGGUCUGAUGCUGUCAUUACAUGGUACAACCUGUAACCUUGUUGCAGCAUUUGAGGCAAUGAAUAUCUCUUUAUUUUAUCUGUCCAUUAAAGUCUACUUUUAAUUAAGCAGUCAGUGCUUUCAUACAUAAUGAACACAGACCAAUGACCCCUGUAGGUAGUUGUAGUUUGUGUGGAGGGUACAAGAUGCGGAAUGAUUCAAAGUUGUGCUAGUGUACAUGGAGCUUUGCUCCUUAAAUAUCAAGCAACAGCGCCACCUGCUGUUCAUUUCAGCCAACUGGAGACACACAGCAGAAAAUUAAGGUAGUGAGGUAAGGAAAGUCUUGCCAUGGUGCUCUAUGAAUGAAGUUAGUGAGCAGAGAAGAGUCAUCUGAUGUUCAGAUUUAAGUUGAGCAACAGGGUUUCCUUUUCUCGCCAAUUUAAUUUGCUGGUCCCGUUAUGAAUUAAUUUGCUGUGAAAUUUAUAUCAGCCGUGGGUGGGGGCCCAAAUGAAGCAGAUCAGACAUUGGCUCUAGGCUGUUCCAGCAGGAACCAAUCCCUUUGUGGGUUGCAGGGCUCUGGGAAAAGAGGUGUGGGGGGGGUUAAUGAGACUACUUUACUAUGUACCCCCAGGCUCUCUCCAGAGAAACUAAUGACUCCUUCUGAGCUAAACAAUACAAUCUAAUAGCAGCCGGGCUGUGGGGUAGUGACUGGGUAUAUGGUCUAUAUGUCAACGCAGAGUACAGCGAUAUAGAUCAGUGCCGAGUAUGACUGCUAGCUGGAAAGGCUUCAGUGCGGGAUGAAUGUUCUAUAGUGUUCUGGGCUUCUCUAGCAUUCUGGACUGACUGCCUACUGAUUGGUGGAGGCUCUUCUAAUUAACAGGCUAAAAGCAUUAUGAAAUGUGCUGCAUUGUACUGCUGGGGUCCUGGGUUCGAUCCCAGCCAGGGCACUAUCUACAAGGAAUUUGUAUGUUAUCCCCGUGUCUGUGUGGGUUUCCUCCCACUAGGGAAUGUGUAUAUCUGUAAGGGACCCAAAACUGUAAGCUCCACUGUGGCAGGGGCUGAUGGGAAUUAUGGGAAAUCACUGUAAAGCAAUGUGCAAUCAGGUGGCGCUAUAUAAAUAAAUAGACUUAUGGGAAAAAAUGAUUAUUAAAAUCACGUGGUAACUCAAAUGACCACAAGGUGGCAGUAUGAUCAAAUAUAUGGAUUUCAUUCUCAUUAAUCUGCAGUAAAUUGUCUCAAUGAUGUACAAAUGUAA